GGAGUCAACACGACCGGACACACACACAUGCAGACACACCUGCAGAAACUACAGCAACGCCAACAGGAUGUUGAGGAGCGGCAGCGUGUGCGUCGGAUGGAGAUCGUAUCUAAACUGCUGCAGGAGGAGGAGCUUAGAGAGAAGGAGGCGGGGCUAAGGGAGAAACAGAUGCAGGCCCCGCCCCCAGCCACCCAAAGCAUCAUGGGAAACAGUAAGCGGCUCGAGAGGAUUCUACAGAAACUGGAGACGCCUGCAGCAGAGCCUCAGCCUCCAGUCACCGCAGCAACCCAGGGGGCGGGGCUUAGAGGCAUGAGUGACAGCUCCUCUGACCAAUCAACUGACGAAGACGACUCAGACAUGUACAGUGAGGAAGAGGAGGGCAGCCAAUCAGACGAGAGUCUGUCAGAACCAACGGCUGCAGUGGAGAGUGAGGGCGCUGGUGAUCUGGAGAGUGACAUAGUGACACAGCAUGUGACACAGAGAGCCGCAGCUGCAUGUCUGGUCCCCCGCAGGAAGAAAAGCGCUGACACACACACACGCACACACACACACACACGCCCGCCCUUCAGCUGCAAGCCACAUACACUGCAUUUCAAGGACUUUGAGCUGGGCAAGGUGUACAGGAGGAGGGUGGUGUUGACUAACGUGACCUACAGCACCAACCAGCUGAGACUACUGGGACUCACACACACACUCAACAGCUGUGUAGCACUCAGUUUCCAGCCGCCGGGUCCAAUGUCUCCUGGCAUGUCGUGCGAGAUGGAGGCAGUCUUCACUCCAGUGCUGAAUGUGGACCUGGAGGGGGAUGUAUGCUUCACGUCGGCAGCAGGAGACUUCUCUCUACCGGUCACAUGCAGCACCAAGAAAUGCCAGGUGUCUGUGGACUGCAGUAAGGUGUUGUUUGGGAGCCACGUGGUUGGCCAGCGUGUGAGUCGCAGCAUCGUUCUGACCAAUAGCGGAGCUCGCGGCACUCGCUACUUCCUGCUUCCUGUCUCCUCCCCCAAUCACGCGCAGACACAUCACACGAGCCCCUCCCCUUCCUCCAGCACCAAGAUGUGUGUGAGCAGGGUGGAGUGUGAGCGGAGUGAGAGCCCUCAGCAAACAUCAGACAACAGAACUCAACAACACACACCAGACAUCCCCUCAGGGAGUGUUUCGGCCGUGGUGUGUGUGAACGAUGCGGGUGUUGUUGAGGAGGGUGAGAGUGUGUGUGUGUGUGAGUCUCCGUCGGCAGAGCAGGAUGCCUGCAGCCCCCAAGCAGCCAGCCCCGACACACACACUCACACCAACACACACACACACACGCACACACACACCACCACACACACCCACACUCACACACACACACUCUCUCACAGCAACAGCACCGACGAUGCCUUCCCAGAGAUACAGCUGCCAGAGAUGAGAGAGGGUGUGUGUGCUGCGUUCAGCAAGGUGAAGAUUCCGCUCCUCUUCAAUCCCAUGAUUCCCGGCGAUACACACCUGGACUUCAUCAUCAACUUCUCAGAUCCAGACUGCCCACCGAUCAGUGUGAGUGUGUGUGGCACGGCAGUGAGCGCUCCUGUGUGUGUCGUGGAUCCCGACCUGGACCUCAAGAUCUGCUGCUACGGGCGACUCUACCAACACACACUCACACUACACAGCAGGGCCAGCAAGGCCCUGCGUGUGGUCUUCAGUGUGUGUAAGGAGCUGCGGAGACACGUGGAGAUUCUGCCAAAGACGGCCUACAUACAGGCUCACUCCACAUACCAAGCACAACUCAAAUUCUUACCCAGGUUGUCUCUGCCGGAGGAUGCUGGGCUCUUCUUCCAUAAAGACACAGGAGUCCUGGAAGCCCCUCUCACUGUCAACGUAGCAGAACAGACUGCUCCGCUGCGUGUGAUGCUGCAUGCGGUGGUGACGGGGAGUGAGGUGGUGUGUGUAUAA